CGGACCUCGGGCAUCAUCUUCGGUGGUGCAUUACUUUUCUAAUGCUUUCUAGUAGGUGCUACAACUAGGAAUGGAGCAUCCUCGCUCUAGGCCUGACCUAACCCCAACAAGUUCCCAACAGAGUUACAGAUUCGAUGGCUUCCGAUGCCGGAGACAAGACGAUCGCCUCACAGGAUAGUUCAAAAAUCCACAAAAGGGCCUCUCAUGCCUGUCUAGUCUGUCGGGCUCGUAAAGUGAGGUGCGAUGUCACCGUCCGUGGUCCUCCGUGCAUGAACUGUCGUCUCGACGGCGACGAAUACGAAGUAAUGUGGUCGAGAAGAACAAAACGACAUUGGCGGGCAAAGGGCCUCGAUCCUCCGAAAGGGGCCUUCGGUAUUUCCAAACCGCGCCAUUCCGGCAAAGUGCCUUCGCAGGGCCUUGGGGGCAGACUUGAAAUUGAAAGCCCAAUACUCGUCAAAGCCCAAAGAGCUACUGAGAAGUCACCAACUCCCGAGCAGUUGAACUCGGCCCAAGGAAAUCAUGAUGAUUGUCGUCCAGCUUCUACGAUAGCCCAGGCGAAGCUCAGUACAAUGACAACUCAAUCCUUUGACGCCUACUGUGACCGGCGAUCCGCAGAUGAGGGCAACGUGACAAAGAAGACACCUGCCUCAGGCUCACAAGACAGCUAUGUUGAGAGGCAGGACGCGAUGAACGAGAUGAUUGGGUUGUCGGCGAACGUCUUUUGCUCGCCGUGGUAUAACGGCUAUGCGUACUAUCAGUUUCUAGUUUUGGCUAAUGUUUCAUCUAUGCCGCCACAGGAUUAUAGGUUUCUUGAACAGCAAGGAUGUCUUCACGUCCCCUGCCCCGCAAUUCUCAACGAUUUCGUACGCCAAUAUUUCUUAUACGUUCAUCCCAUUUUGCCAAUAAUCGACGAGGCGGCUUUUUGGGACAUUUACUAUCAGUCUAAUCCACAGCAACGCGAUAACAAGAUCUCGCUACUCCUCUUCUAG